AGAUUUUCAUGUGCUAAGUUGUGUGUCAUAAAUGUAAACAAUACCUGUAGUUUAAUGUGAAUAUUUGAGUAACAGACUGAAAACUUGUUGUUUGUUAAUUGAUCGUAUCGAAAGUUUGUUCAAGUGAAAGUAAGAAUGGAUAAGAAUGAAAUAUUAGCUAAUUUCCAGGCUUGUACUGGGAAUGAAGACAUUGGAGAAAGUAUGGCAAUACUUGAGCAAUGUGAUUGGAAUUUACAAACGGCUGUCAAUGCUGCAAUAGGAACACAAGAACCAAUGCAGGGUGUACAAGGUGCACAAUCAAGCAAUGGACACCAGACACUUGAAACAAUGUUAACUUUCUCUUGUAAGCUUGGUGGUGUAGUUAAAGAUGUUGCACUUCUCGAUUCUAAUACUGUUGGUGAUUUGAAACAGAUUGCCUCAAUUGAACUUGGAAUAACAGCAGCAGAGACACAGUUUGAGGAAUGGCCAGUACAAUCAGCAAUUCCACAUCCUUCAGAUGAUACAGUGUUAUCGGCAUUACAUCUCCCCCAUUUAAACCGCAUGAACAUUAAAAUGCAUCCACAUUUAAAUAAUGUGUCUAUUGGAGUAGAAGCUGAUGAUUUGAAUCCUCUACCAUUAUCAUGCUCUGCUUUUCCUCAGUAAGUGAAUAU